AUUAAAUGAGACUAUAAUCGAUAUCGGUUGGUAUAUCUAUGCUCAGUAGUAGCGGGGGUUGAAUGACCCCUGUCGCGUGACCGUCUACUAACAGUUUUCACUUGUCAUUGAGCUUGGACUGAGGCGCGCUGCUGUCUGAAGCUAGCACGACUUGCCGUUUAUUUUAAACGCUGCUAUUUACUUGUUCCAUAUAUAUAACUCAGAAGAGCGAUAUAAAAACUGAGAUGGCGGAGGCUCAGGCCUUUGUGACCCUGGCCACCACAGACGCCUAUAGCAUGGGAUGUUUAGUGGUAGGCAAAAGUUUGCGCAGGCAUGGAACAUCAAGGAAGUUAGUGGCUAUGGUUUCCCCCAAUGUUUCCAGAGCAUCAAGAUUGGCGCUGGAGGAUGUGUUUGAUGAAGUUGUAGUGGUAGAUGUGUUGGACAGUAGAGACGAGACUCAUCUCACCUGGCUGCAACGUCCUGAACUAGGGGUCACCUUCACCAAACUCCACUGCUGGACUCUUACACAGUACAGGAAGUGUGUGUUCUUGGAUGCAGACACACUUGUACUGUGUAAUGUUGAUGAGCUGUUUGAAUAUGAAGAACUGUCUGCUGCACCUGAUCCAGGCUGGCCGGAUUGUUUCAACUCUGGGGUAUUUGUGUUUAGGCCCUCCCUGAAUACCCAUACCCAAAUACUGGAACACGCUGCACAGCACGGCAGCUUUGAUGGAGGAGACCAGGGCAUAUUAAACUCUUUCUUCAGUGACUGGGCAGUGAAAGAUAUCAGAAAGCAUUUACCAUUUGUGUACAACCUCACAGCCGGUGCCAUUUACACGUAUCUACCAGCAUUUCAGCAGUUUGGCCACCAUGCAAAAAUUGUCCACUUCCUGGGUGGGACUAAGCCCUGGCAGCUUCCAUAUGAUCCGCAGGCUGCCAGUGAGUCAUCUUUAAGGGAUUCCAGCAAGAAUUUUCAGCAGUUUAUGAAUUUAUGGUGGGUGGAGUACUACAGUCAAAGACAGCUACAAUUUAAGAAGGAUGACAAGAAUGAAGACUAUUCAGUGCAGCAGUUGGUUUCUCCACAGACACAUCAGACUCCAUCACAAAGCCAAAAGAGCAGCACUGAAGCCCACCACAGAGACAUGUUGAUGCCCUCUCUUCCUCUGGCUGUGGACUCACUAACAAUCAGCUCUAGCUCAUCUGAAAAGUCUGUAAGUGGUACUGCAAGAGAAAUGAAGAAUAUUCUCUAUGAUGUCCUGUCUGGUGGGGAGACCCCUGUAGUCAGCCCUCCAUCUGAGCACACAGAACCAGAGACUACUGAUGAUUCUGCCACAGCCGCUGGAGAAGCUAAUAUUCUCUAUGAUGUCCUGUCUGGUGGGGAGACCCCUGUAGUCAGCCCUCCAUCUGAGCACACAGAACCAGAGACUACUGAUGAUUCUGCCACAGCCGCUGGAGAAGCUAAUAUUCUCUAUGAUGUCCUGUCUGGUGGGGAGACCCCUGUAGUCAGCCCUCCAUCUGAGCACACAGAACCAGAGACUACUGAUGAUUCUGCCACAGCCGCUGGAGAAGCUGCUGCUGGUGAGGCAGAGAUGGAUGACCUGGAGCAUCGCCGCAUGUGGGAGGAAGGUCGCGCUGAUUAUAUGGGUAAAGACGCCUUUAACAACAUCAUGAGGAAACUUGACCAGUUCCUUGAUUAAAUAUGUGUGCAUCUACUUGAUGUGUGUUUAUGAGAUUAUAUAAAAAGCUAUCUCUAUAUAGUUUUGUUUGUACUGUUUAUCCAUCAUCAUCAUCACAACUGUUAUAUUUCCCUCUCCUCAGAUACAGCUGUUUUUCUACCUCUCUU